AUGAUUGCAGCAAUUGCUUCGAUGCCAUUGGCUACAGCAAUUUACAAAGCUCUCAGAAUCUCUCCUCCUUGUAAAGAUGAUGUUGAUUCAACUUCCACAACUUCUUCUUCUCAUGUUGACAUUGCUCCUCCUGCAACCAAGUAUGAUAUAUUCCUUAGCUUUAGAGAAGACAUUCGCGGCAAUUUCACUAGUCAUCUUUAUGAAGCACUUUGCAGAGCUAACAUUCGAACUUUUAUGGAUUACAAGCUCCACAAAGGAGAUAAUAUCUUGCCAAUUCUUUUGAGAACAAUUGAGGAAUUAGAGAUCUCUCCGAUUAUUUUCUCUCAGGAUUAUGCUUCUUCAACAUGGUGUAUGGAAGAACUCAUUUGCAUCAUGGAAUGCAACCAUAAAUAUAGAAGGAUUGCCAUUCCUAUUUUCUACAAUGUAGAUCCAUCAAAUAUUCAUAAACAAAAUGGGAGUUUUGGAGAUGGAUUUGCUAAGCUAAAGCAAAGGUUUAAACAUAGUCAAGAAAAAGGUGACAAAGUGGAUAAAUGCUUUGAUCCAAUCAACAAGUCUCUCUGGAUGGGAUUCCAAAAGUGUUAG